AUGAGAAACGAAACGGUCAACGGCACCAGUACGAGCGAUGCCAUUUUGGUUGAUCCAUAUCGUUAUAACUGGACCAUUCUGGAAGAUGGGUUUUGUACCACCAUGCAUCCAAAUCUGGCAGCCAUCAUUGUUAUUCAUUCGGCUACAGAUCAUUUUGAACGUCGUUGCAUCUUGCGUCAAAUGUAUGGCAAGGCUUUUUAUGAGCAGGUAAAAAUUUUUUGUAAUCAGCCAAUGCUCUUAUGGAUCUUCUUUUAUAUCUAA